AGAGUUUUUUUUGUUUCGUAAAAUAAUAAUUGUAACAGACCAAGUUGAAAGAAAAAUGUAAAUAAAUUCGAUAUCUGUGUAAUCUGACCAAUCUGGAGCGUCGAUUUAAAUAUUGAAUAAAAUUACAUCCACAGAGGGCAAACAAACUAAAUCCGAAAACGAUUCCGCAGUGAGGAGGCAAAAAAACACAGUUCGGAAACGCUGCGAAUUUCGAGUGGAAAGGAGUUUCUUUGCCCGCAGGCCAAAAUAAAACCCGUCACAGUUUAAGGAGACUGUGUGGCGAGUGAAUCAAGAUCGGAACAAGAGGUGCAGCAGCACAGAAACACAUCAACAGAUUUUGGGCUGGUUUCAAAAGCAUAUGAACAUGAAGGAUAUUGAUGGUGCAAUAGAAUAUGAAAUCACCAAAGCUGCAUGUAAAAUGGCUACUAGAAAUUCCCAGCAUUUGGAAAGUUAUAAUGAAGGAACAGAAACUCAGAAUUUGCCUGGUGCCAUAUAGGUAAGGGUAAAGUCGCCAUAGGCCCAGAGGACCCAGAAAUGGAGAGAGAGCUGACUGGUGACAGAGUUGUGUGAAGAUGCUUUGGAGACAGCAGGUCGUGUGGAAGGGCUAUCAAUGGAUAUGUCGAUGUAUUCCUGUAUGCAAAUUCAGGAUGAGAUAAACCAGAAGGGCAAGUACCAUCAUAGCCUACAUCUGUUGAAACCCUUUCGCAACACCUCCAAACAGCAACAUCCUGUGGACAAUGCUGGUUUCUUCUCAUUCAUGACCUUCAGUUGGUUGACAUCUUUAGCCUUCACAGCUUAUAAAAAAGGAGAGCUCCUUCUUGAAGACAUUUGGCCUCUGUCGAAAUAUGAAUCUUCUGAAGUCAAUGGUCGAAGGCUGGAACGACUAUGGCAAAUAGAAUUGAAAGAACGUGGCCAGGAUAAUGCUUCACUGAACACAGUGAUUUGGAGAUUCUGCCAGACACGGCUGGUCAUCGCUAUGAUCUCCUUGAUGGUUACAAUGGUGGCUGGCUUCUGUGGACCAGCUUUUCUUGUGAAGCGUCUCCUGGACUACACAGCAUUGAGUGAAUCAAACCUGCAGUAUGGCUUGUUCUUAAGCCUUGGAUUGUUUUUGACUGAAGUCGUCCGUUCCUGGUCACUGGCAAUGACCUGGGCACUGAACUAUCGCACAGCUGCCAGGCUCCGAGGAGCUGUCCUGACUGUGGCAUUUAACAAGAUUUUAAAACUUAAGAAUGUAAAGGAGAAAUCUUUGGGUGAGCUUAUCAAUAUCUGUUCAAGCGAUGGACAGCGACUGUUUGAAGCUGCUGCAGUUGGAAGUUUGCUUGCAGGAGGGCCUCUUGUAGCAGUUCUGGGAAUGAUUUAUAAUGCCACAUUGCUUGGUCCAACUGCAUUUCUUGGUUCUGCAGUCUUCAUACUUUUUUACCCAGCUAUGAUGUUCGUGUCCCGGUUGACAGUAUACUUCAGAAGGAAGUGCAUUUCUGUGACUGAUGAACGUGUUCAAAGGAUGAAUGAAAUCAUCUCCUACAUAAAAUUUAUCAAAAUGUAUGCUUGGGUGAAAGCGUUUUCACAGAGCAUUCUCAAAAUACGAGAAAAGGAACGACAGAUCUUGGAGUAUGCUGGAUAUUUUCAAAGCAUCUCAGUGGGUGUUGCUCCAGUUGUUGUAGUCAUAGCUAGUGUGGUAACAUUUUCUGUCCACAUGCUCUUAGGAUAUGACCUCACUGCUGCAGAGGCAUUCACUGUGGUGACAGUUUUCAAUGCUAUGACAUUUUCUCUUAAAGUCACUCCGUUCUCUGUGAAGUCACUUUCUGAGGCAUCUGUAGCUGUGGAGAGAUUCAAGAGUUUAUUUCUAAUGGAAGAGUUUCACAUCAUAAGGAAAAAGCCAGAAUGUUCUCAAAUCGCCAUAGAGCUGAAAAGUGCUACUCUGGCUUGGGACUGCCCAGACUCCAGUGCUCAGGCUUCACCCAAGAUGACUCCCAACCUCAAAAAAGAUGAGCACGAUACAAAAAUGAAGAAAGAAAAAAAGAAACUACAUCAGAAUGUGCAAAAUGGCCCACUAACUGAACAGAACGGACGUCUGCUAAUAGACAGUGAUGAACAACCCAGCCCUGAUGAGAAUAAAGGGAUUUCUUUGACCAGUCCCAGACUACAGAGAACUCUUUACAACAUCAACCUUAGUAUUCAGAAGGAGAAGCUGGUUGGAAUUUGUGGCAGUGUGGGCUCUGGCAAAACGUCCUUGAUUUCUGCUGUUUUGGGACAGAUGACCCUGAUAGAAGGAAGUAUUGCAGUUGAUGGAGAUUUUGCUUACGUUGCUCAACAAGCAUGGAUUCGAAGUGCCACUGUCAGAGAGAAUAUUGUAUUUAAUAAAGCAUUCAAUGAAGAAAGAUACAACAGUGUACUUACUGCCUGCUGCCUGAGACCAGAUCUUGCAAUAUUGCCCAAUGGAGAUAUGACAGAGGUGGGAGAACAUGGAGCUAAUUUGAGUGGAGGACAACGACAGAGAAUCAGUUUGGCACGUGCUUUGUACAGUGACAGAAGCAUUUAUAUUUUGGAUGAUCCUCUCAGUGCACUGGAUGCUCAUGUAGGAAACCACAUCUUUAACAAUGCAAUUAAAAAGCAGCUGAAAUGGAAGACUGUUCUCUUUAUCACCCAUCAACUCCAGUAUCUGGUGGACUGUGAUGAAGUGCUGCUAAUGAAGGAUGGCUGUAUAACUGAGAGAGGGUCUCAUGAAGAAUUAAUGAUUUUGAAUGGUGAUUAUGCUGCAAUGUUCAACAAUCUACAACUGGGAGAUACUCCACACGUUGAGGUAAACAAAAAUAGCAUGAACAAUUCCUUAAAGAAACCUCAAGAAAAAGGCCAGACUGGAUCUGUGAAGAAAGAAAGAAAAACAAAUAAGGCAGCAGAUCAGCUUAUACAAGCAGAGGAUAAAGGGAAGGGUUCUGUACCAUGGUCUGUGUACGGUGUAUACAUCCAGGCAGCAGGCGGCCCUCUUGUAUUUUUCCUUGUGAUGCUUCUUUUUGUCCUGAAUGUAGGGAGCGUUGCUUUUAACAACUGGUGGCUUAGUUACUGGAUCAAUGCAGGCAGUGGGAAUAUAUCUGCAGCUUUGGAGAAUGAAACAUAUGUGAGUUACAACAUGAAGGACAAUCCACAUAUGCAUUACUAUGCAGGGAUCUAUGCACUGUCAAUGGCAGUAAUGCUAAUUAUAAAGGGAGUCCGUGGUGUUGUAUUUGUUAAGGGAACACUUGGAGCCUCAUCUAGGCUGCAUGAUGAACUCUUUCACAAGAUCCUCAGGGGUCCCAUGAAGUUUUUUGACACGACUCCUUCUGGCCGAAUCCUUAAUAGAUUCUCAAAAGAUAUGGAUGAAGUCGACACACGGCUACCUUUCCAAGCAGAGAUGUUUAUUCAGAACAUAAUCCUGGUGUUUUUCUGCAUUGGUGUCAUUGGUUCUGUCUUUCCAUGGUUUCUUGUUGCUGUUGGCCCCCUUAUCAUUCUGUUCAUGAUUCUCAACCAGGUAUCAAGGAUUUUUAUUAGAGAACUGAAACGUUUGGACAACAUCACUCAGUCUCCUUUUCUGUCACAUAUCACAUCAAGUAUCCAGGGACUAACCACAAUCCAUGCUUACAACAAAGCUACAGAGUACCGACACAGGUAUCAGGAGCUGUUAGAUGCUAAUCAGGCUCCAUUCUUCUUGUUCACCUGUGCAAUGCGCUGGCUUGCUGUGAGAUUGGAUAUAAUCAGUAUUGCUCUUAUUGGCACAACUGCAGUGAUAAUAGUUGUAAUGCAUGGACACAUUCCUCCAGCUUACGCAGGACUUGCCAUUUCCUAUGCUGUUCAGCUCACCGGUUUAUUUCAGUUUACUGUUCGACUUGCUUCUGAGACUGAGGCUAGGUUCACCUCUGUGGAGAGAAUUAAUCACUACAUAAAGACUCUGAAGUUGGAGGCUUCAGCUCGGGUUAAGGAUAAAACUCCACCUGCAGACUGGCCUCAACAUGGGCAAAUAACGUUUGCAAAUGUAGAGAUGAGAUAUCGUGAGAAUCUACCUCUGGUGCUAAAGAAAGUGUCCUUUACCAUUAAACCUCAAGAAAAAAUUGGUAUUGUGGGCAGAACUGGGUCAGGUAAAUCUUCCCUAGGAAUCACACUAUUUCGAUUGGUUGAGCUCUCGGGUGGUUCAAUAUUUAUUGAUGGAGUGAACAUUACUGAAAUUGGUUUGGCUGAUCUUCGCAGCAAACUAUCCAUUAUACCCCAAGAACCAGUUUUGUUCACUGGCACUGUAAGGUACAAUCUAGAUCCUUUUCAGCAGUACUGUGAGGAGCAAGUAUGGGAUGCAUUGGAGCGAACACACAUGAAAGAAUGUAUUUCUCAACUGCCUUUAAAAUUGGAUUCUGAAGUGAUGGAAAAUGGAGAGAAUUUCUCUGUGGGAGAGAAACAGUUAAUAUGUGUAGCCAGGGCUUUGCUACGGAGAUGUAAGAUUCUAGUGUUAGACGAAGCUACAGCUGCCAUGGAUACAGAGACUGAUUCUCUGGUGCAAGAGACAAUCCGGGAAUCAUUUUCUGAAUGUACAAUGUUGACCAUUGCACAUCGUUUGAAUACAGUACUCGGUUGCGAUCGCAUCAUGGUGCUAAGCCAGGGCCAGGUUAUGGAAUUUGAUGAACCAUCUGUUCUUCUCGCCAAUGAAAACUCAAGAUUUUGUGCAAUGUUUGCUGCUGCUGAGAAUAAAGCCACCGUAAAGGGUUAACAAAGUCUACAGAAUUUUCUUCAGAAUUAAGUUACUUGCUGCUUAUGAUAAGUUAGCAAUAUUUCUCCAUCCAGGGACAACAUAACCACAAUAAUAACUGAAAGAACUGCAGAUGCUGUAAAUCAGAAGCAAAACAAUAUAUUCUCAGUAUUUUACAACAGCUUACACUAUUCGUGUAUCUUCAGAGUAAUUUUAGAUACUCUAAGAAUUUAUGUUUCUUAAUUGAAAGCUGAGCUAAUUCUAUUAACUACAAAUGCACUCAAGGUUCAGGGAGCCUUAGAUGUUGAUAGUUUCAAAUGCUUAUAAUUUAAGUCUCACACAUCACAGAUCUAUAAAUCAAUACAUAGAAUGUUUGCAGUGUGUAUAUGCUGUGCUUUAUUUUGUAUUCUACUUUUGCACUGUUAUAUUGUGCUUUUCUUUUACAUUCUACUCCUGUACAGUUUUACACUGUAUCAGAGUUUGCUAUUUAACUGUGAGACAGUUGUCAAUGUCAAGUUAUAUUUAUAUAGAAUAAAGAUUACACCAAUUCAUAAAUCAAAUUAAUAAUAUUCACUGUUUAAUCCAGACAGCAGUAGAUGUUGUCAUGGUAAACAGUACCAAAUAGAUUUAUUUUAAUCAUUCUGAUUCUAGUAUAGUACUAAGUUCUUUGGAGUUUUUUGUUACUAGGAAAAAUAUACCUCAGGUUCAAAUUAUUUUACUGUAUGGUAUGUACUGUUGACAUUUAUUGUCCAUGUGCACUGUGAGUAUAAGCUACUUCCUGAAGGCCACUUAAAAAUGGUUGUUGUUACCAUAGAAAGCUUGUUUUACCAAUUCUGGCAAUGUUGCACGUAUUUGUCACCUUGUACAGCUUAGAGCCUUAGCAUGAUUUUGCAAACUAAGCAAACCUGCCUUGUUAAAUCUUUAGAUAUAAAUAAACUAUUUUGUGUUAAUACAUUUUA